CGAGAAAUCGCGUCGCGUCAAGACUCUAAAUCCUCCCUUUCAAAGACGCGUUCCCCCCCUUGUGCUAUCCCCGCCAUCUCCUCCAACAUCAACGCUUAAACGCUUCAACUUUACGACCAUUGCGCCAGGGACAACGAGGACUAUACUAUCGACUUCAUACUUUCAUAAGAGUCCCGCAAUAUGGAUCGCCAAUCGGUAUAUACCACGAGCGUGUACCAGCCCAACUAUGGCGAAGAAGACGGUGAAGUGCGUGCGCAGAUCCUGUUGAAGCUGCAAAGUUUCAUUUUGGAAUUCCAACUGGGCACUGCAUUCAUUUACAGAGACCAACUUCGUGCAAAUGUGAUGAAGAAACAAUACUUCUGCGACGUGGAUAUCGGCCAUUUGAUCUCAUUCAACGAAGAGCUCGCACACAAGCUAGUCACCGAGCCCGGAGAGAUUAUUCCUCUGUUUGAAGCUGCCCUCAAAAACUGCACACACCGGAGUAUAUACGCAGCCCAAAAGGAGAUUGAUCUUCCCGAACACCAGCUUCUCAUUCACUCUAACGCCGCGGAGCUCUCGAUCCGUGAUCUUGGCGCCGUAAAAAUAUCCCAGCUUGUGAGGGUUCCUGGCAUUGUCAUCAGUGCCUCGGUUCUGUCGUCAAAAUCGACAGUGGUCUAUGUCCAAUGCAAGAAUUGCUCGCACACACAAACCAUAUCAGUUGGAGGUGGAUUUUCGGGUGUCACAUUGCCUAGGAAUUGUGGAAGAAGUCGGGAUGGAGUGUCUGACAACUGUCCUAUGGACCCAUAUUUUAUCGUUCACGAGAAAUGCCAAUUCGUUGACCAACAGAUCCUCAAGCUCCAGGAAGCUCCUGACCAAGUUCCGGUAGGAGAACUUCCUCGACAUGUCCUCAUCACAGCCGAUCGUUAUCUUACCAACCGCGUUGUUCCUGGGUCGAGAUGCACAAUAACGGGCAUCAGUUCUACUUUCCAAUCAAAGGCUUCCAAGUCCGCUACAACCACAUCAGCUGUAGCAAUCAGGACACCUUACUUAAGAGCUGUUGGAGUCGACAGCGAUGUUGACCAAACGGCAAAGGGAAACUCUACCCUGACAGAAGAGGAAGAAGCUGAGCUCCUCGAGAUGAGCCGCAUGCCCGACCUCUACAACGUCUUAGCGGACUGUAUUGCACCUUCAAUUUACGGAAACAGAGAUAUUAAGAAGGCGAUUGCAUGUCUUCUUUUCGGCGGCUCUAAGAAGAUUUUGCCAGAUGGAAUGAAACUUCGUGGCGACAUCAACGUUCUGCUUCUGGGAGACCCCGGAACGGCCAAAUCGCAACUGUUAAAGUUCGUCGAGAAGGUUGCGCCAGUCGCCAUCUACACAUCCGGCAAAGGUUCCUCCGCCGCUGGUCUUACAGCAUCUGUCCAGCGUGACCACUCAACGCGUGAAUUCUACCUCGAAGGCGGAGCCAUGGUUCUCGCUGACGGCGGCGUCGUCUGCAUCGACGAGUUCGACAAGAUGCGUGACGAGGACCGCGUCGCAAUCCACGAAGCCAUGGAACAGCAAACCAUCUCCAUCGCCAAAGCCGGCAUCACCACGAUCCUCAACGCCAGGACCUCCGUGCUAGCAGCCGCCAACCCAAUUUUCGGCCGCUACGACGACCUCAAGAGCCCGGGAGAGAACAUCGACUUCCAAACCACCAUUCUCUCGCGUUUCGACAUGAUCUUCAUCGUGCGCGACGAGCACGAGCGCGGUCGCGACGAACGCAUCGCCAAGCACGUUAUGGGGAUCCACAUGGGCGGCCGCGGCGCCGAAGACCAGGUCGAGUCCGUGAUCCCUGUCGACAAGAUGAAGCGCUACAUCAACUACUGCAAGACGCGCUGCGCGCCUCGCCUCAGUCCCGAGGCGGCCGAGAAACUCUCCAGUCACUUCGUGCAGCUCCGCAAGCAGGUCCAUGCCAGCGAGAUGGAGAGCAACCAGCGCAGCUCCAUCCCGAUCACGGUCCGUCAGCUGGAGGCUAUUAUUCGUAUCUCGGAGGGCCUGGCAAAGAUGACGCUCUCGCCUGUGGCGACGACGGAGCAUGUUUCGGAAGCGAUUAGGCUGUUCUUGGCGUCGACGAUGGAUGCGGUUAACCAGGGGAAGAGUCAGGGCUCGAAGGAGCUGAAUGAGGAGGUGCUGAAGCUGGAUGUUGAGCUCAAGAGACGUCUGCCUCUUGGAUGGAGUACCAGUUUGGCGUCGCUGAAGAGGGAGUUUGUUGAGAGGAAGGGGUACACGGAGGGGGGGCUGAAUAGGGCUCUGUUGGUGCUGCAGAGGAGGGAUAAGAUACAGUUCCGCAACCAGGGUUCGCAGGUUUUUAGGACUGCGGUUUAAAUUUGCGUACGUGUGGGGGUUGUAGAGGAUGUGUGAUGAUAACGUGUGCCAUGGAUGGUAUUGAUGGGUUGCGAGGCGAUGGAUGGUGCAUGGGAAGGAUAGACGAGGAUAAAUGGGCUAUGAUAAUGCCAAAGGGGGCUGGGGUAGGAAGGCGUCAUGGACGGAUAUGCUGGUUAUAUAUGGCGUUCACAAUCGUUAAGAAUAAUAAGAUGAGAUACCAGU